AUGGGGUUACAGUGGACGGUCAUCUUAUUGUUGAAAAUGACUUUAACUGGUUUAAGUUAUGGGAUUGUAGGGGGUGACUCAACCUCUAGUAAAAGACAUGCAGUAAAAAGCAUCCAGAGUGACGAUGGAGAUAUUGUUGAUUGCAUAGACAUUUACAAGCAGCCAGCUUUUGAUCAUCCUGCUUUGAAGAACCACAUUGUUCAGGUUUGCUUGCUUUCAAUGCUUCUUAUUCAGAUGUCACCUAGUUACGAUCCAACAAUGGACACAACCGCGACAAGAACAAAGAGAUCAACAGACAGAAAAGAAGACUCAUCUGUGACCGUGACAUCACAACUAUGGAAGAGAAAUGGAAGCUGUCCAAGAGGAACAAUUCCCAUAAGACGAAUACGAAAGGACUUACUUAAAUCAAAAUUAUCAAAUUCAACCGAAAACUAUGGGAGGAAGAAGCCGAGAUUGUUCCAUCACAUUGCACAGCUUAAUGACAACGCGACUUCAAACCUUCAACAAGCUAACCAUUCGUUGGCAAUAUUGCUUACAGAAGGAUACAGUUAUUCAGGAGGCAAAGGAGAUAUCAAAGUUUGGAACCCUUUUGUUGAAACUGAUGAUGAGUAUAGUACUUCUCAAGUUGCCCUCCAAAAUGGUCCUUACUAUGAUUAUGAGAGCGUUGAGUCUGGAUGGGCGGUGAAUCCGAGAGUGUAUGGGGACAGAAAGACUCGGUUGUUUGUGUAUUGGACGACUGAUGGUUCAAAGACAACAGGUUGCUUCGAUCUCACUUGUCCCGGUUUUGUCCAAACUAGUCACGAGAUUGCUCUUGGUGCGGCAAUUUAUCCCAUCUCAUCUUCUACUGGUCUUCCAUAUCAAAUAACCAUUUUCAUCUUUAAGGAUCCUAAUACAGGCAAUUGGUGGCUGCAAUAUGGAGAGAAAAUCAACAUAGGCUAUUGGCCUUCGGAUUUGUUUGGAACGUUGAAAAACAAUGCCGAAACUGUUCAGUGGGGAGGUGAAGUUUACAGCUCAAGGGUAGGAAAACAUCCCCACACUGCAACUGCUAUGGGCAGUGGCCACUUUCCAGACUACAUUUCAGGGAACUCAGGUUGUGUGAAGAGGCUCCGAGUUCGCGAAAACUCGCAGGAAUUGAAGUUUCCAGAGUGGGUUUAUGCUUAUUCAGAUGAGUAUGAUUGUUAUGAUGUUUUUUACCUUGGAGAUUACAUUGAAGAUCCUGAGUUCUAUUUUGGAGGGCCUGGUCAAAGUUAUAAGUGCCCUUAA